AUGAGUUCCCCUGAUACCGUGAUCCCUGAAAAGUUUUUUGGCCGUUUCCAACUGGAGAAAAGCGAGAACUUCGACGAGUUCCUAUCUGCCAAAGGUGUUAACUGGUUUUUGAGGAAAAUGAUACAGUUCGCCAAUGUAACCAAAGUUAUUGCCAAAAAUGAAACCUCAGGAUAUAAUCUGGAAAACCUGACUUCAAAAAAGAAUACAUUCUACCAUGGAUGGAGACUUGGUGAAACUUUCGAAGGAGAUGGAUUAGAUGGUAUACGACACAAUGUAACGUUCAAUUUUGCCAAUGAUACACUUACGGAAAAUCAUGUAAGGCUUAAUGAUCCCCUCGAUAAAGGAGAGACGUAUCGCUACAAUAUUGACACCGAGGGCAAGCUUGUUCUGGUAGGAUAUGGUGGGUCUACACGUAAACUGGCGCUGCCAGCUAUGCUCAAAAAGAAGUUCAAAAGGAAUAGGAAGCCUGGGUGUUUUGACUACGCAAAUCUUACAUCGAAAAAGGAUGUAUUUUACAACGAUGUGGAAUUGGGAAAAGAGUUUGUUGGUGAAUGGAUCGAUCCCACAAAGCAUAAGAUCAUAUUUGACCUUGUCGGAGACGUUCUUUAUGAAAAGCACAUUCCCAUAGAAAAGAAAAUGGAAACUAAUGGUAUUGUCGGGAAACGGUUCUAUAGGCGUGUCUAA